GAGUGGGCCUGCCUCUACAAGAAGCCAGAUAAGAACAACGAUCGGGACUUUACGUGCGCUAGUUUCUCUGACGGCGACGAGUGGGAGUGCAAAGACGUGACGGUCGGUGAGAUCAACGAGAAGAACAGGAUCGACAUGACGACGAAGGCCACAGGCCACCUGUUCAAGGUCACGUCGCCUCAGGGAAUUGACUACACGAUCAUGAAGACGGUGAAAAAAGAUAGCGGCACGCUUCUGCUCGGGUUCCGAGCUUCGGACAAAUGCAAGGCUGGAAAGGAGCAAAUCAUUCAGUUGCCUCUCGUCGACUUCGAGUCCGUCAGCGAGGCCGUCGUGUUCUUAUCGCAGGUGAUGGCCGAUUUCUCGGAGGGCAAGGUCGAGGACGACAAGCACGCGCGCUGCAACUACAUGAGGGGACAGCUUAAGAAGUUCAAGAGCAAAGGAUUGCCGACGGCUUCCGACGGUGGCGAUGCGGGCCCAGCAAAAAAGAAGGUCAAGAUUACGAAGAAGUCCUCAUCAAGCGCGACGCCUGGCAGUUCAGGAAGCGGAACACCUGGCAGCUCAUCCGCCGCGACACCUGGAGACCUCAAGAAGCUCGAGAGUAAGGGCGAGGACUUGGACGAUGAGUGGGACGAUGAGUGGAACGAGUGGGGCGACUGGCACAAGGAGGGCGAGUGGGACGAGUGGGACUUGACGAACACGGACUGGCACGAGCAGGUCGACGUUAAGAGCCAGGGCAAGAAGCGCAAGGCCAAGGACGUGCCGACGGACGACAUGGAGACGCCCGAGAAGGUGGCCAAGUCAACUAUUCAGAAGAUCAUGGUUGAGACAGCUACCUGUGGGGAUGGCACGGCCGAGCAGGUCGUCGCCAAGCCUGUCAACACCACGAAGGGCGAGGACAAAGCUGCCGACACCACGGAGGGCAAGGACAACGCUGCCGACACCACGAAGGGCGACACCACGACGGGCGAGGUCGUCGCUGCCGACACCACGAAGGGCGAGGUCGUCGCUGCCGACACCACGAAGGGCGACACCACGAAGGGCGAGGACAAAGCUGCCGACACCACGAAGGGCGACACCACGACGGGCGAGGUCGUCGCUGCCGACACCACGAAGGGCGAGGUCGUCGCUGCCGACACCACGAAGAGCGAGGACAAAGCUGCGGACACCACGAAGGGCGAGGUCGAGGCUGCCGACACCAAGGGCGAGGACAAAGCUGCCGACACCACGAAGGGCGAGGUCGACGCUGCCGACGCCACGAAGGGCGAGGUCGGCGCUGCCGACACCGAGAAGGGCGAGGUCGACGCUGCCGACACCGAGAAGGGCGCUGCCGACACCACGAAGGGCGAGGUCGAGGCUGCCAACACCACGACGGGCGAGGCUGCCGACACCCAGGUCGGCGCUGGCGACGACAGCGCUAGCGAG